AAGCUCCAAACUUAGAAAGUUGCACGCUACAGUGUGUUGCGGCUCUAAACAAGAACUCUGAAAUAAUUUUAUCGUUGCUAUUAAUUUUUAGUGUAUAUGGAGUUUUGAUUGCGGUCUUUUUUGGAAGAAAGUUUUAACUGAUAAAAAAAUUAUGCAUACAGCGGCUUUAUUGGUAAUAAUAUUCCAUUGUCUGGUCUCGUCGUCUUUCCUGAGGAUGGCCGCAGCCUUACCGAUCGAAACGUCGCACGAAUUGGAAAAAAGAAGCUCGAACCCGGAUAGAAUGAUGACCGACGAUUAUCCAGAUUACCAAUUGGGAGUGAGAUACGAUGAAUACCCGACGAUUGUUCCUAAAAAACGAACAGCUCUCUUAGUUAACCGUCUAAUGGUCGCCCUAAAGGACGCCCUCGAAGAAGAAGACCAAGAAAGAAACGGAAACGUGCCACCCGGUAUUUUCAACAACCAAGUUUAUUCUGAUGACGUUAGAACGAUGGAUCUGCAACGUAGAGGACACCAAACUUCUUUGACCAACAACGGCCAGAAUAAAGCGAGAAUCUAUUGGCGCUGUUACUUUAACGCAGUAACCUGUUUUUAAUCAAAAGAAUAUCUUAAAUUAAGCCUAAAAGCUACUCUAGAUUUUUACCAAAAACUUAAAAUUAUAUUUAUAUAUAAGUACGACGUAUGUUAUAAGAACUUAUGUGUGGUACUCUAGUGAUUUAAAUUAUCAAUUAAUAUUGAAUAUUAACCUCGCCUGCUUUUGAAGCUACUUGAAAACAUUUUUUAGGCUAAAUUACUAUAUACCUAUUUUAUUCAAAUCAAUCGUACCUAUGUGUGGAUUUAUUAUGCAUUUUCUAACAAGAUAAAUUAAUAUCUAGUUCCUUGCGAGUUCACCAUAAAGCACAGUUUUAUGCUUCAUAAACAAUAUUUUUCUUGGUGGCUACAAUUUUUAAUAUACAGGGUGUUUUCUAAUUGAAUGUCAAUACUUACUAUGGGUCCAUUUUCAGAAGAAAGCUUCAUAUGAACAUAUGUCCUAAACGUCUUAACUUUUGAGAUACAGGAUGAUAAAGUUUUCAAAAAUAAAACUCAAGAUAUUUUAAUGAAAUUUUGCUUACAUGUACUAUGUGUGAAAUCCCAAAUCGUUUCUAGGCAAAGUUUAUCACUCGAUUUUUCAUAAUCCGCUUUCCCUUAAAAAAAUCAAAACUGUUUUUCUGCAUAAUCAAAACAAUAUCGUUAAUAUAACUCACCACGCAGAAGAAAUAGAACAUCCUCUAUAGCUUUCACUUCUCGAAAUAUUAUUAGAAAUUUAUGUAUUUUUAUUCAAAACCCAAAAUAUGUUUAUACAAUCAGGAAUAACAAGAAAUAUAAAUAGUCGACAAAGGUUUUUAUAAACUCUGACUACUUUUUCCAUUUUAUGAGAACAAACUAUAAACUUGUAUUUGUAUAAAUACGAAAUCCUAAUGAAGUGGCUGAAUGAUAAAAUAAUAUUCCUCAAAAUAUCUUAUGUAAUUUACUUUAGAAUUUAAGAUAAUAAGUUUGUAUUAUAGUAAUAUAAA